AGACAGGAAGGAUUCUGCCAUUUCAGACAUGAAUGUAUCAUCUGUCAAUGGAACUUUCACUGUAGCUGGGACACAGCGAGACACUUUCACCACAGCUGUGACCAAGAAUCUGAUUGUCACAGCCCUCUGCAUCUCCAUCAACUACAUCAAUGGUACUCUGAUCCACACCUUCAGAAAGCACCAGAUCUUCUAUUCGAGCCCUCGUUACAUUCUGUUCAUCCACCUGGUGAUAAACGACAUGAUGCAGCUGGCCCUGUCCACUCUUCUCCACAUCAUCAGCUACGCCCUGUAUAAAAUCAGUGUACCCUUCUGCCUCAUCCUGCUGAUCAUCACCAUCCUCACCACCCUCAACACGCCACUAAACCUGGCUGGAAUGGCGGUCGAGUGCUACAUCGCCAUCUGCGUCCCCCUCCGUCACGGCCAGAUCUGCACCAUCAUGAAAACCUACAUCCUGAUUGGUUUGAUCUGGGCUGCGAGUGCAUGUUCCAUCCUACCAGACCUCUUCAUCCUCCUGGCCACAGAGCCUCUGCAGUUCUUUCACUCUAAGGUGCUCUGUGCCAGAGAUUUCGUGUUCAGAAGCAACUACAGCCAGAAGAAGAGGGAGGUGUCGCACAUCGUUUGUCUCGCCUUGGUCUGGCUCACACUCUUUUACACUUAUUUCAGGAUUCUGUUUGCUGCCAAGGAAGCAACUGCAGACUUUAAAAAAGCCAGAAACACUAUUCUCCUCCAUGGUUUCCAGCUGCUGCUAUGCAUGCUUAUAUAUGUGCGACCCAUGUUUGAGCAGGGUUUGCUCUACUUACUGCCCAAACAGCACUCGACCAUACGCUUCACCGCCUACGUCAUUGUCCAGAUCAUGCCACGGUUUGUUAGUCCCAUUGUCUACGGACUGCGAGACCAGACCUUCAGGAGACAUGUGACAAGGUACCUGCUUUGUAAAGUGAGCACAAGCAACCACCCAGAAAAUGUCACCAGUACCAAACAUGAUGCCCACUAUGAAACUGCACUCACAUUCAUCAGAGACACCUUCACCACAGCAUUUGUGAAGAACCUGAUCGUGGUUCUGGUCUGGCUCAUCCUCAGUUACAUCAACGGCACACUGGUGGCCACUUUUUUCAGACACCAGACGUAA